AUGAGUUUGGGGCCAGGCCUGAGCCCCCUGUCCUGGGUGAGACUGUGUCAGUCUAACUUAGAGCAUGAAUCAUUCCAGAAGAAACUGAACCAGCUCUCUGCCCAGCUAGAAGAUGAUUGGGGGGGGGGAAGGGACUUGAGGGCCAAGGAACAAGCUGAAGUUUCACAGUUUAUCAAACAACUGAACAAAACCCUGGAUGCCUUUUGCCAUUCAUGUCCCUGUGACUGGACAUUGUAUAAAGACAGCUGUUACCAAUUUUCCAAGGACCGAAAGCCAUGGGAAGUAGCCAGAGAGGCGUGUGAGGCAGAUGGUAGCCACCUGGUCAUCAUUAGCUCUUCUGAGGAGCAGAAAUACCUGAAGCAGAAGGCCACCUCCAACUACCGGUGGUGGGUGGGACUCACUGACAAGAAGAAAGAGGGGACCUGGCACUGGGUGGAUGGAACAACUCUUCAGCAGUCCUUUUGGAAUGAGGGAGAACCCAACAAUAUUGGUGAUGAAGAUUGCUGUGAGCUGACCUCUCAAGGCUGGAAUGAUGCACCUUGCAGCAUGGAGAACUACUGGAUUUGUGAAAGGGAAGCUUUCCCUUGUUUCAAGCUCUGA